AUGAGCGGCGGGCGGCAGCGCACUCUGCCGCAGGUGUGGCGGGCGCCCCGCUCCACAGCCCGGCAGCGGGACGCGGGCGGGGACAGCGAUGACGACCUGCUGCUGGCCGCCGCGGCCGCGGCCGACCCCGGCCCGCUGCAGGGCUUCAGCGAGGCGGCGGGGUCCAUCUGGAUCUACCCCACCAACCUGCCGGUGCGCCCUUACCAGGAGCGCAUGGCCGGCGCCGCGCUGCUGGCCAACACCCUGGUGUGCCUGCCCACGGGGCUGGGCAAGACUUUCGUGGCCGCCGUGGUCAUGUACAACUUCUACCGCUGGUUCCCCUCGGGCAAGGUGCUGUUCCUCGCCCCCACCAAGCCGCUGGUGGCUCAGCAGAUGGAGGCGUGCGGCCGCGUCAUGGGCAUCCCGUGCCGGGACAUGGCGGAGAUGACAGGAGGAACUCAGGCUCUGGGCAGGAGGGAGCUGUGGAACACCAAGAGAGUCUUUUUCCUCACGCCUCAGAUAAUGGUCAAUGAUCUCUCUCGUGGGACCUGUCCUGCUGUGGAGAUCAAAUGUCUGGUUAUUGAUGAAGCCCACAAAGCCCUUGGCAAUCAUGCCUACUGCCAGGUUGUGAGGGAGCUGAGCAAAUACACAAACCAAUUCCGGGUCCUGGCCCUGAGUGCCACCCCAGGCAGUGACACCAAGGCUGUGCAACAAGUUAUCUCCAACCUGCUGAUUGCUCAGAUAGAGGUGUGUGCUGAAGAUUCUCCGGAAAUUCAGCCUUAUUCCCACGAGAGACAAGUGGAAAAAAUUGUAGUUCCUCUUGGGGAAGAGCUGGUAGGAAUUCAGAACACUUACAUCGAGGUGCUGGAAGCGUUUGCUGGGCGCCUGAUUCAGGUGGGAGUUUUAUCCAGGAGGGAAAUUCCCAGCCUGACCAAGUACCAGAUCAUCCUGGCAAGGGAUCAGUACAGGAAGAACCCCUCUGCACAGCAUGGAGGAAUCCAUCAGGGCGUCAUUGAAGGGGACUUUGCCCUUUGUAUCAGCCUGUACCACGGGUACGAGCUGCUGCUGCAGAUGGGAAUCCGCUCCUUGUUCAUCUACCUGUGGGGAAUCAUGGAUGGAUCCAAAGGGUUGUCCCGCACCAAGAACGAGCUGGGGCGCAACGAGGACUUCAUGAAGCUCUACCAGCAGCUGCAGGACAUGUUCUCAGACGCUGCUGUGGCUCCUGAGAGUGCGAGUGCUUCCAGGAGCACAACAGAAAAGAAAAAGGAAUUUGUCUACAGCCAUCCAAAAUUAAAGAAACUGGAGGAAAUCGUACUAGAACACUUCAAAUCCUGGAAACAGAGAUGUUCUGAUGGAGCCAAGAGUGAAAGCUCCCCUGGGGACACGAGGGUGAUGAUCUUCUCCUCGUUCCGGGACAGCGUGCAGGAAAUCGCGGAGAUGCUGGCGCGGCUCAGCCCGGCCGUGCGGGCCAUGACCUUCGUGGGACACUCCUCGGGCAAGAGCACCAAAGGCUUCACCCAGAAGGAGCAGCUGGAGGUGGUGAGGAGGUUCCGGGAGGGCGGGUACAACACCCUGGUGUCCACCUGCGUGGGCGAGGAGGGGCUGGACAUCGGCGAGGUGGAUCUCAUCGUGUGCUUCGACGCGCAGCGCAGCCCCGUGCGCCUGGUGCAGCGCAUGGGCCGCACCGGCCGCCGGCGCCACGGCCGCAUCGUGGUCAUCCUGGCCCAGGGCCGUGAGGAGAGGAUGUACAACCAAAGCCAGUGUAACAAAAGGAGCAUCCACAAAGCCAUUUCGGGGAACAAAACCCUUCGCUUCUACCAGCACAGCCCACGCAUGGUUCCGGAAGGCAUCAAUCCCAAAGUGCACAAGAUGUUUAUCACUGCUGAGGAGCAGGAGCCCAGCACCUCCAGGAUGCUUUCCAAAGAGAGGAGAUCCAGUUCCCUGCAGCACAGAUCUGCUCUCUUUGCCUGUGGCCAAAAGCAAGUGAACUCCCAUGAGAGCUGGUCCUUGUCACCUGAGGAGUUUGAAAUAUGGGACAGACUCUACAGGAUUAAGGAAGGCGAUGGGAUAAAGGAGCCAGUAUUGCCUCGAGUUCGGUUUGAAACCUUAGAAAACCUAGAAGAAACACCAAAGCCCCGGGAGGGGGCAGCUCGGGAGCUCUCCUUGUCUGAGUGGAGCGUUUGGCAGAAUCAGCCCCUUCCCACAUCCCUGGUGGAUCACUCGGAUCGUUGUCACCUCUUCAUCAGUGCCAUGGAAAUGAUGGAGCUGAUGAGGCACCAGCAGGGAGACUGCAGCUAUGAACGGGAGCUCCAGCCUCACCUGCAGAUGGAAGAUGUGAACAUCCCAGGGAACAGAAGGAAUCUCUCCAGGGCCAACCCGCCCUGGGAUCAGAGAGCUCUCUGCUCCAGGAAGGACCUGGCAAAAUCAAAGCCAAAACCAUUCCCACCUGACACAGGCGACAGUGGGAGUGAGUUCUUCGCCACCUUUAAAAUAACCAAACCCAAGGCUCCCAGAAGAGCUCCUGGACUCCGGGAGGAAGUGCCUGUGUCACCUCAGGAUCCUUCAGCCUCCUCCUCAGGAGCGAGGCUUGCUGUGGCUGGACACUCAGACCAGGACGAGGGGCUGGAGGUGACAUUCGACUUAAAUGCCUUCAUCGACCUGUGUGACAACAGUGACAGCCCUGAAACCCCUGCCAGCCCAGCAGCACAGGGACACAGCCCUGCAGGAGAACCCUGCGGGUCCCUGGGGAGGAUCCACGGGGAUUCGGGCUACGAGACAUCCCCGGUGGCCUCGGAGCUGUUUUAUCUCCCCGAAUCCUGCAGGGAUCCCUUCGAACUCCUGGGACCGCCCCAGGAGCCCCCGGGGCUGGAACAAACAUUGUCCCAGGUGCAAAGGCUUUUGUCACAGUCCCCUCCCUCCGGGCACGAGCUGGAGGGUUUGGAGAGUGUGAUGGGAGAUGAGGGAACAAGAUCUCCUUCCCCAAAAGUUCUUCCUGAUGGUCACUCAGAGGCACUGCAGGACAGCGGCUCCCCGACAACUGAUCCUUCACUGCUGCUCCUGGAAAAUCCCAAAGUGGCAGUUCCCAGGGAAUCCCGUGCCUCAGGAAGUCCCCGUUUGUCCCGAGCUGUGUCAUCUAGCCAGGCUGCUGCUGUGGAAGAGGAGCAGCUCUGGAAUGACAGCUUCGAUGACCUGUUUGACAGUGAGGAAUUCCCUGAAAACAGCGUUCCUGGCAUGAGCCACCCCCUGACAAACGGCCCUCCAAAGGAGCCUCCCAUUCCCAGGGAUACGGGAGAGGCUGCCCUGGAGGCUCCUGGCGAGGAGCAGAGUCUCCAUCUGUUCGAGGAUGAGGAUGGCGAGGACGUGCACGAGGGCAGCCCCGAGAGCACUGAGCCUCCAGCCAGGGCAGCUCCAGCUGGGACCGUCCCUGGGGCACAGGGGGGGCCGGGCAGGGAAUUGCCCUGUGCGAUCCCCGCCCAGCCCUGCCGGGAGUCCAUGGACCAUCCCUACGACUGCUCCCGGGACCUGUUCUCCAUCACCUUCGACCUGGGCUUCUCCAUCGAGGACAGCGGGGAGGAAACCUCUGAGGAGACCGGGGAUGCUGAUAACCCCAAAGUGAACGGGGCCCCGGGGAAUGCUCCAGGGGCUGAAUCCACGGAGGGUGCAGAAAUAUCCCCGAGGGACGGCUCCAGGCUGGAAACCUCGCCGGGGUGGGACUGCAGCAGGCUGGGGAGAAGGAAGGUGUCCACGCCAUUGUCAUUGCAGAGCAGGGGCAGGGGUGACAGCAGAGGCACCGAGGGUGCUCCUGCUGCAGGGCCUGGCCUCGGGUCAGGAGGCAGCAGGACGGGAAGGGAACCCCCGGAACCUUGGCCUGCGGCACUUCUGACCCCAACAAGCAGGAAGGGUGUGAACGUCAAAGCCGGCAAAAGAAUUCCUAUGAAAGUCUUCUCCAACGCCAGGGAGCAAAUUCCAGAGGUGCCUCCCAUGGGUCCAGGCCAAGAAAGCCCACGGAGGAAGAGCUUCGGGAGAUCAGCCAUGAAUUCUCCUUCAGGAAGGAGAGAAAGCCUGGAAGACACCAAACUCCCUGGAUCCCGUGGGUCUCCUGCUGCAGGACGCAGCAGCGACAGCGAGGAGGAGAUCAUUUUCCAGAGAAAAAACAGGAUGAAAAAGAAUGUUUUGAAGUCUCCUGAUGGGAUGGACGAGAGCGACCUGGAGUCUCCGGUUGGGGUCACCAGGAAACGCCGGCGCCCUCUGAACGUGUCAGACACAUCCAGCGAGGACAGCGGGGAUUUCCAGCGGGGCAGGAGCGGCUCCAGAGGCUGGCGCAGGCCCGGAGGAGCCGGAGGAGCCAAGCGGCAGCGGGUCAGGAGCCGUGUGACGGCCGAGGCUGCAGGCCGGCAGUUCCUGGAGGAGGAGGCCGAGCUGUCCCUGCUGGAUGCUGAGGGCAUCUCCUCGGACGAGAGCGACGGCGCCGAGGAGGAGCUGAGCCCGAGCCUGGCCCGGUUCCUCAACGAUGAUGGGGAACCCACACAGGCCCUCAACGACACGGAGAUGAGGGGGGUUUACCUGAGCUCGGUGCGCAGCCCCGCCCUCGGCAGCAGAUACAAAAUGGUCCAUCGGGAAUUCAACCCCGCGGCUGUUUUCUCCCAGAUUCCCGAGCAAGACUCGGCUUACGCUGAGGACAGUUUCUGUGUGGGAGAUGAGGAAGAGGAGGCUGAGAGUGGCUGCAGUGAGGAGGAGGUGUGCGUGGAUUUUGCCCUGCUGCCCAGCCAGGCUUUCGGCAGCAGCAGCAGCAGGCAGUACCUGACCCGCCGCAGGACGAGGCUGGAGCAGGCCGGGCUGGCGGGGAGCGCUCCCGCCCCGCUGCGGAAGAAGAAACCAUCCAGAAUCGUUCUCCAGAGUGAUUCCAGCGAGGAGGAGGUGUGCAGCUCCUUGAAGAAGACCCACGGGAGCAGCUCAGGCUCGGCGUGUCCUGUCCCAGACCCUUCCUCAGCCUCAGCUCGGAUCUCCUGUGGUCCUGGGGAGCAGAACCCUGCCCUGGCUGGGAAAUCCUGUGAUCCUGGGGAGCAGAACCCUGCCCUGGCUGGGAAAUCCUGUGAUCCUGGGGAGCAGAACCCUGCCCUGGCUGGGAAAUCCUGUGAUCCUGGGGAGCAGAACCCUGCCCUGGCUGGGAAAUCCUGUGAUCCUGGGGAGCAGAACGCUGCCCUGGCUGGGAUCUCCUGUGAUCCUGGGGAGCAGAACCCUGCCCUGGCUGGGAUCUCCUGUGAUCCUGGGAAGCACAGCCCCUCCCUGGCUGGGAUUUCCCGAGUCCCAGGGGAGCACAGCCCCUCCCUGGGCGGGAUUUCCCUAGCCCCAGGGGAUCACGGCCCCUGCCCGUGCAUCCUGGCGGACAGCCGGGAGAUCAGCUCGGGGCCGGGGGUGAUUUCGUGCCUGCGGGCCGUGCACGGGCUCCCGGUGCAGGUUUGCUCCCUGGGCAGCAGCGAUUACAUCGUCAGCAACCGCCUGGCCGUGGACAGGCUGCUCCAGUCCGAGCUGCAGAGCCCCGGGAACAGGAAUAAACUCAGCCAGAGGCUGCAGCGCCUGCAGGGCGUCUUCGAGAGGAUCUGUGUGAUCGUGGAGACCGACAGGGUCAGGCCAGGAGAAACAUCCCGGUUUUUCCAGAGGACUCAGCACUACGAUGGAGUUCUCUCAGCCCUGGUCCAGGCUGGAAUCAGGAUCCUCUUCAGCUCCUGCCAGGAGGAAACCGCAGCUCUGCUGAAGGACCUGGCUCUGCUGGAGCACAGGAAGGACGCUGCCCUCCAGGUGCCCACGGAGCUGCAGGGGCACCGCAGGGACAUCCUCAGCUUCUUCCUGAGCAUUCCCAACCUCAGCUACGGAGCUGCCCUCAACCUCUGCCACUCCUUCGGCUCCAUCACAGCCGUGGCCAACAGCUCGGUGCCGGCGCUGGCGGCGGGGUCGCGGCUGAGCCGGCCCCAGGCCGAGGAGCUCCACCGCUUCCUGCGCCACCGCUUCGAUCUGCAGCUGCUGCCUCAGCCGCUGCCCGCCAAGGGGAAGAGCUGAGCCCGGCGCGGCAGGCGCCGCACUGCACUUUACCCGCUCGGGAUGGAAU